GAACACAACGAGCGGGUGUCCAACGACAACUCGUUCAAGGACAGGAUGUCCCGCAAGGAGGAGGGCGUGGCGUCUCAGCGGCAGGCCAUUGAGAUGGCCACCACCGUCGCGGCCCUGGCGUCCUCGAAGCGCAAACGCAGCCGAAAGGUUGCGGAGGAGGGCACCGCAGGGGAGCACCGAUACAACGCCCAG